CUUACCCACAUCACGUAUAAGAGUAAACGAAGCGAUCUAAGAUAAUAAUGUGUGUAUUGUACUCUAGCUUCAAGUAGACUUUAAGUCGAUCUAUAUUUAACAAUAAGAGUUAAACAAUAUUGAUCAUGGGACAAUAAGUAUGUAUUUACUAAUUCCGAGAUAAACAAGUGGGAAUAAUACCCUGUAUUACACGCUUAGAUUAACGCUAGAACGAGGCAACUUAGGUAACCUAGCGACGUUGUCAUCACGUGAUAGCAAGUGUCCCCUGUGACAGUGUAUUGAGCGUAUAACGGUAGUUUCAUUGUUAUAUAUUAGUAGAUAUAGAAAGUUUUAUUAGGUAGAUAAUAAUAAUGUUGAUGGUGUUAGUAAUCACAUCAUAAAGAAUCAAAAUGACAUCUUUGCCAAAAAUAACUCCAGCCAGCACACCUGUACCGGUACCUUUGACAAGGAGUAGAACAUGUUCUCUCCCUCAACCAAUCAGUCGAUCUCACACAUCAGUAUCUAUUUAUGGUCCCUACCCUCCAGCAAAUCUGUCCAAUCAGUGGGAUUAUAUUCAAACUCCUGCGAGGAUUAAUCCAAUUGGUCCCCUGUUGCCACGGAAACGUAUUAAUGACAGCUGGGAAACGAUUCCGCAACAUUACCACAAUGAUUGUAGACGUAUUUUAAUGCAGCAACGUGAACAUGAACGAUAUCAUUCGGCCUGGUCAAAAGCCUUUUAUGGAAAUCCUGCUGAAAGAGAAUCAUACAACAAACAUUUCCGAGAAGUAUUAAAACAACAGAUGACAGAUCAAGAUUUGUGGAAACGGCGCCAUCUGGUGGAAAAAGUACAGGAAAGUGAACGAGCUGUAGAGUAUGAUCGACAAUGUUUACAAAAAGAUUCUGAAGAUCAAAGUAAUAAAUUCAGUUAUUUAAAAAGAUUCCGAGACGACAACAAAAUGUUGAUGGAGAAGCAGUGGGAUUUAUUAAAACAGAAACGUACGGUGGAAAAUUUAUAUGAUCGCGAAAUAAUGAGAUAUAAUCCAAUCAACUGGAGCUGUACAUUAAAAUAAGGAGCUCAUAUAUCUGUACAGGGACAGCAAUAUAACGGCAACGUCUACAGAUUAAAUCUGCAUUAUAGUGUGUUCCCAAUACUACAUAGAAGAGCCUCACAACAAUUUUGUUGGUAUUUGUACCAACACCUGCCUUAUACUGAAACCACGUUUGUUGUGCAAAUAUGUCUAUCAUAUUGGAAGUCCCAGUGUUGUAACAAGACUUUUCAUUGGAUGUUAACAGACGCUGAAGGCUUUCAAGCCAUUAAUGUAAAAAUGAACUUAAUCAAACUGUGCAUUAUAUUAUAUACAAUAUUUAGUUAUUUAUUAAAUGUGGAUGUGCAUGAUAUCUUUUCAGAGUUGCAUUUUGUAUUCUUUUGGGACAAGGACAAUGAAAAAAUGCUUGUUCACUUUUGUAUAUGUUUUUUUCGUGAAUGUAACAAGCAUUUAAAACUUUUUAUUCCAAACCUGUGAUUAACUUUGUCAGUAUUAUCAUAUCACAGUAAAAUAACCAAAUAUAUUUCAAAUAGAAAAACUAACUGAAUUUAGACCUUCACAAUACAAAAAGCUAUUGGAUUUUGUUGAUCUAACGUGUUAUUCGUUUCAUAACAGAAACUCACAAUCAAUUAUAUCUACAGACGUAAAAUUUUGAACAACACUAGAUUGUCAUCUCACAAAACAAAUCAAUACGUUGAGAAUUUAUUUUUGGCCAAGAUCAAAAAGGAAUAAGCAUGAAUUAAGAAUCAAAAUGUUUGAUUUUUUUCAUAGGAAAUGACAUGGAAUAAUUUACAGGAACAAUGGAAAUUUAAUUAUUAAAACUAUUAGAAGCCUAAUGUAACUUCUCAUUUUAAAACUGGGACACAAAAUAAAAUCAAAAUAUUUGUUUAUUUAUUUAAAUAUAUGUA